GCCCCAUCCAAUCGGAAUAAUGCUUGUUGAGCGGUGCCAGCAACCGAGGUACACAACAACGGCCCAUAGAGAGAAUAGGUGAUCGGGCCAUGAAUUUGGGAGAUGGUUUAAAGUUGGAAACUGAACUGCUGCAUGGAAAACCCAGGAUAAUAUUGUCUCCAUAUGAACAUAAAUCAAAAAUUUCUGUGAAGAUGGGAAAUAAGAGCAAGAUUACAAAAUGUCCUUUAGGAGCAAAGCACGCUGGACACAUUCUAAAGUCAACACAACAUACUUAUAUUGCAAGUGAAAAACUUUUGCAAAGGAAGACAGUUGGUUCAGAAACUUCACAGUUAAAAAGUGAAAAAAAUAGAAUGACACUUUCACCCACUAAGGAUUUUUAUAAGCAGUAUGCAGAUAAAGACUGUCUUCAUACAGAAACAGAAGUAUCAUCUGUAGCCCCUAAUAUACAGAAGACUAGAAACACCAUAAAUCCAGGUUUAGUAAUUAGAGAGAAGCCUCACAAAAAACACAACAUAACUGAAAACAUGAAUAGCAGUGUGGUGUGUCUAACACAAGACCAAUUACAACAGAUUUUGAUGACUAUAAACCAAGGAAAUGGAUCUGUUUCUCUGACUAACAACGAAAACAAUGAGAAAAAAAGUCAGGAUAGUCUCCAUUUUAAGAAAUUUCAAAAUGAGCCAGAGGAUGAGAACAUCAUGGGCUUACUACCAAAAAAUAAGACUGUUUCAUCCAUACUAGAUGACAAUGAAUCUCUCUUGAAUAAAAAUCAGGAGGCAUCAGAACAAUAUGAGCAGAAAACUGUCAUAAAGAAUAAAUGGCAACCAGCUGACAUAUUUAGUACUCUGGGGGAAAGAGAACGUGAUAAAAGUUUGUUGGAAGCAAAAAGAGCCCAGUGGCGGAAAGAGCUAGAUGAACAGGUUGCUUUAAAGAAGAAGGAAAAAGAAGCUUCUGAAAAAUGGAAUCAUCCUUGGAAAAAACCUGAGAGUGAUAAAAUAGUAUGGGAAAAACUUCAAAUUCUUAACCAGUCUAAGACUUCUGCUGACUCUUCAAAUGUUUGGUUACAGUCUCCUUGUCAGGUUACAAUGGCUGAUGGGUACUCACUACUUAGAGAUAGCCAGAUUUUAGAGAGUCAGGAACAUGACAGAUGGGCAGUGCAUUUUGAUUCAUUAAAGAAUCAUCCUGGUUCUCAGUCUCGGCUGUCAUCUCAGUUCACACCAAAACACCCGGAGUACUUCUGUGUCUCCCCUGACACUCAGGAUCUGGCUGAUGUCAGCAGUGUAUAUACUCUUACUCCUGGAAGUCACAUUGAACCUUCAGAGGAAGAGCAUAUAGUAAAACCUGUUAGCGAUGUUGCUGUGGCAAACAGUCAGAAAACAAACUUCCUUCGUUCUAUGACUGCUCUCUUAGACCCAGCACAGAUUGAGGAACGGGACAGGCGGCGACAAAAACAGUUAGAACAUCAGAAAGCAAUCACGGCGCAGGUGGAAGAAAAGCGCAGAAAAAAACAACUGGAAGAAGAGCAAAGAAGGAAGGAAGAACAAGAAGAAGAGCAACGCUUAUUACGAGAACGAGAAGAGAUGCAGAAGCAGUAUGAAGAAGAUAUCGUUAAGCAAAAACAAAAGGAAGAAAUCAUGACUCUCAAGACAAAUGAGCUAUUCCAAAAAAUGCAGAGAGCACAGGAAUUGGCACACAGACUGAAACAAGAACAGAGAAUCCGAGACUUGGCUCAAAAAGGACAUGAUACUUCUAGAUUGGUGAAAAAUCUUGGUGUAGAUGCAAUGCAAGUGGAUGAUAGGGUAUCCACUAACAUUUCAAGUUCAGGACAUGACUCUGAUGAAGCUGUCGGCAAAAUGAAUACGUGUAUCAGUUCUACCAUCUCUUCCAAGAAAGAUACUGGUGUGCAAACAGAUGACUUAAAUACAAGAAAUUUCACUAACACAUUAUCACAUUGUGGAUCAGUGAUAGAAAGGGAAAAUACACAUUGUUCUUCUCCUGAGAUUUCUGUAGAAUUUGAUGGACAGCUUAACACUAAAAAAGACAAGCAAGGACUAAGUCAGGAUAGAAUAGCCAACUUAGAAAAAGAAAAUAGCUGGUGUAAUGACCAGUGUAAUCAGUCCAUAACAGAGAAACAAACAAAGCUCCUGAAGAAAUGCCCUAAAAGGCCUGCUUGGAAUAUAAAUAAACCUCUCAAAAGGUAUGUUCCAGCAUCAGAAAAGUACCCUAAACAGCUUCAAAAGCAGAGAGAAGAAAAAAAAGUAAGAAGGCAGAUGGAGUUGCUUCAAUUGGUAGAGAGAAAUAAUUCUGAACACCUUUCUCAAAAUAGAGGCACUUCGCCAGAACAUUUUCAUUCAUCCUAUCCUGAAACUGAGUCAAAGAUCAGGUGGCAUCUAGUGAACAAGGAAGAAGAACCUAUGAAAAUUAAUUCAAAUUCAAUCAGUGAAGAAAGGUUACAGUCAUCACCAGUUCCAGCAGUGAAAACCAGAACUCAACAAACUCAGACUAAUACCUUACACUUACCACUAAAAAACAGCUACAAAAGAGAAACAGUGUCAGAAGAUGGCGAAACACCUGUGAUGUUUGAACCAUCCAAUUUUAUUCCUUAUGUUCGGACAAAUGAGAUAUAUUAUCUGGAUCCAGAUGCACCCUUGUCUAGGCCUUCGACUGAUCACGAUUGUAGCCAAGAGCAACGACUUGCUCUUGGCUCUGUCAGAGAUCCACUUCUUAAUCCUAACUUGGUAAAGAACAGAGAUCGACAACAAGCAAUUCUUAAAGGACUUUCAGAACUACGACAGGGCCUUCUCCAGAAGCAAAAGGAGUUGGAAACUAAUUUCAUGUCUUUAGCUGCAAAUCAAGAAGAGAAUUUUAGUUCUUCAUUUUAAAUGUAGAAAGUCAUUUUUGUCUUCUAAACAGUGCUCAUCACUCAACUGUAUUUUAAAUAGCCUAGAUUUCUUUUUCAAAAGCUCAUAUAAAACUUGCACAUUAUGUAGUAAAAUGCUUUGAUUUUUUUUUAAGUUAUUAAGAGCUUUUGUAAAGUAAACUAAAAUAAAAAGCCCU